UGGGUGCCAGCUAGGGGACUGCCAGACAAGGGAGAGUUUGCUUGGAAAAUUGCAGACUAGAAACGCGCCCAGCAGCGCUGUGCAUCAAGGUGGCGCUGCGGAGGUAUCUGCGCUUGGGCCCCGCCCCCUCAGCCCCUUCUCAGGCCCCCAGCAGGCGUUGCGUUGCGUUACGUUCCCGGUUGGUCUUCGAGGUGAUUUGUCCUCUGGCGGCCCCCGUCUCUGGCAGUGGUGUUUAGUGUUUUGUCGGUACCAAGCUGCGUCCCGGACAUUAGUCACGGAGUUUCUGGGGAAGAAGACGUGUACCUAGCCGUGGAGGCGUGGGCCAGGGGCCAUGGAGCCGCAGUUCAGCCCAAGCCGGCCUGUCUCUCAGAGCCUGGAUGUGGACUGGGAUUCAACCCUUUUUGCUGAACUUGGUGAUUUAAUGGACACAGAUGAACUGCAGCUGGAUGUAGAGAAUGAAACUUAUGAAAACAAUUUCUAUAACCUUGGCUUUGAUUUGGAUUUGAUGCCAAUGGACUCAGACCCUUGGGGGAUCACAAAUCAAUCUCGUGCAGAUAAAUAUAUCAAGGCAGAGGCUCAACCACUUUCUCCAGCUUCCUCAAACUGUUCAGUCUCUUCCCCUCAAUCAGUGGAUUCUUAUUCUUCAACCCAGCAUGUUCCUGAAGAAUUGGAUUUAUUGUCUAGUUCCCAGUUGUCUCCCCUCUCUUUAUACAGUGAAACCUCUCACAGUCCUUCCUCAUCGGAAUUACUAAAGGAAGACAAGCCCAUCAUUGGUGCUACAAAUAAGACUGUAAAUGGACUGACUCCAAAAAAACAAAGUCACAUCACUUCAAAGCCUUCAAUUCAGCCCAAGCCCUUACUUCUGCCAGCAGUACCUAAGAGUCAAGCCAACUCUAGCAUUCCAACCAAAGCUAUCAUCAUUCAGACACUCCCAACACUUCUGCCCUUGACAAAGCAGCAGCCUGUUAUUCACAUUCAACCUGCACCUACUAAAGGUCAGCCUCUUGUGCUCUCUCAACCCACCAUGGUACAACUACAGGCACCUGGAAUUCUGCCUUCUUCUCAGCCAGUCAUUACUGUCACUAGGGGAACUACUCAGCUACCUAACCAUGUGGUGAAUGUGUUACCAACUCCUGUAGGGAAUAACCCGGUUACUGGCAAACUGUCUGUGACCAAACCUAUCCUACAGACGACCACGAGAGGUGCAGGCUCAGAUGUGACUGUCCUGCGGAGACAGCAACGCAUGAUCAAAAAUCGAGAGUCAGCCUGUCAGUCUCGCAAGAAAAAGAAAGAAUAUAUGCUAGGUUUAGAGGCAAGAUUAAAAGCAGCCCUUUCAGAAAAUGAGAGACUCAAAAAAGAGAAUGGAUCCCUGAAGCGGCAGCUGGAUGAAGUAGUUUCAGAGAACCAGAAGCUCAAAGUCCCCAGUCCAAAACGGAGAGCUGUGUGUGUGAUGGUGGUGUUGGCAUUCAUAAUGCUGAACUAUAGCCCCAUAAGUGUGUUUGAGCGGGAUUCCAGCACAGUGAUUUCUAGUAUGAACCCUGCACAUCAUAAUAGACAUCUUUUAGGAUUCUCAGCUACAGAGGGACAAGAUUCAAUUUCUAAAAAAAUUGAUGGUGCCAUCCAGAAAAACAACUACAGAUAUGACCAUUCUGUCUCUAAUGACAAAGCUUUGAUGGUGGUAACUGAAGAGCCACUGUUGUAUAUCCCUCCACCUCCCUGUCAACCAAUAAUUAACCGUACAGAGUCUCUCAGAUUGAAUCAUGAACUCCGAGGAUGGGUCCAUAGACAUGAAGUAGAGAGGACCAAGUCGAGAAGAAUGUCAAAUAGUCAGCAACAGAAAACACGUGUACUACAGCCUCCUUCAGAUUCUGAAGAGACCCCCAAAUCUUUUAAGAAUUCUCUGGAACAUGGUUCUAAUUCUCAGCUGAUGGCUGUGCAGUAUACAGAAACAACCAGCAUCAGGAAUUCAGGGAGUGAGCUACAAGUUUAUUAUGCCUCACCUAGAAGUUAUCAAGACUUCUUUGAAGCAAUCCGAAGAAGGGGUGAUACAUUUUAUGUUGUGUCAUUUCGACGGGAUCACCUGCUAUUACCAGCCACUACUCAUAACAAGACCACAAGACCAAAGAUGUCAAUAGUUUUGCCAGCAAUAAACAUAAAUGAGAAUGUCAUCAACGGGCAAGACUAUGAAGUGAUGAUGCAGAUCGACUGUGAGGUGAUGGACACCAGGAUUCUCCACAUCAAAAGCUCGGCGGUUCCUCCGUACCUCCGGGAUCAACAGCGGAAUCACACUGGCCCCUACUUUGGCUCUCGGCCCACCGCCCCAGAGGCAGCUCACGUGGUCAGCGCCAUCACUGAGUCGUUGCAGUAAUAGGCGGAGUGCCCGGGCCACAGGAGUGGCGAAGGGCUGUGGGUCACAUGGACACAUCUUGCCGCCUCAGAGAUAGAAUCCAGGGGCUUCCGGUGGGAGCAAGAGAUGGGGGAGGAGAAGAGGAACCCUGCUGUUUACCAAUCGGUGGAGCUGGACUUUUCUGUCCAGUGGAGCCCCUGGCGGGAUUCCUGCUUCCUUCGACUUUCCCCUCGGGCAGGCGCUCUUCUGUCCUUGCCCUUGGGCCCUCUUCUUGUGUUUAGCUCGCUGUCUCCUCCUUUCUAGGCGGCCUCCUCUUCUCUGCCUUCCUGAGGCCGCUGGGCGGUAGUGGCAGAUGGUGGCAGCCUUUGGGGUGGAAAAGCGCCUUUUUUGUAAAGCGGAAACAAAGCUCGGAGCUGCCAGAGCACUCGGGAAGACCCAGUUUUUAAAUUUGUUAUUAUGGAACUGCCUCUUUUCAGGCUGCUGUUUAUCCAAAUGACGGGUCUUCAAACCCAACAGCCAGAAGCACUCCGAUGCUUCUCAACUGUAUUGAAAACCCCCAAACAACCCAGCUUUUGACCCACGUUUCAGGUUAAGUGGAAGAGCCCUCCCCGGUGACAUUUAACCUUAAUAGAGUUUCUUGUUCACUUCUCAAGUUCACCUUCUAAUAAGUCUGAUAUUCUACUUAAAAGCUACCUAAUGCUGCAUGGGGGGUAUGGUGGAGAAGAGAGAAAAUGGGCUAAUAUUGGAGAGGAUAAAAUUUCUCUCUUAUUAGUAAUUUGAAAAUGAGAGGAGUACAGGAAAGUUUAAUGUUGAGUUUGGAGGAAGAAAUAGCUAAAGUAAUGAGCGUUUUUAAAGCUGUGAAAAUAUUGUGGGACACUGAAAUAAAGGCUUCGCUUUCAUAUAGCUUCAUCCAAUUAAUUCCCAGGGAGUUUUGCAUGUGCUCUGGUCUUCUCUUCCGUGAUAAAUUAUUUGGAUCCUUUGGCCUGCAGAAAAAUACCUCAUUUUAUUUGUUGGGAAAUGUUGGGGAUGGGGCGGGGGUAGGGAUGUUCUUUCUGAUUAUUGCACUGAUAGAGUAAAUCCAACUGAUAGGAAUCAGCAUGGCCUAUAACCAAGGCAAGGCAGAAGCUGUUUCUUCUGAAAACCGAUUAAUUGUUUGCUCAUGUCAGGAAUAGCUGCUAUGGAAGGCCAUUUGGCAAAAGUGGCAAGUUUCCAUACUCACCAUGGAGGAGACCUGACAGAGUUAGAUCUUUCACUUCCCUAAAAAUGACUACUGCUUUCAUUUGCAUUCCACCCAAACUGUAUUUUAGUAAAUCUUAAAAAUGGAAAGGAACACUCUCCACAUGAUCCCUCCCAUCUAGAUUUGUUUUUCUGUGAUAUAUAUUUCUGAUUCCAUUUAUAACAAUGACCUUCUUCUAGCCUUCCUAUGGCAUUUUCUUCUUUCAUAAACCUCAACAUGGAUAAAACAUUUGCUGGCGCUCAGAUUCAGUUUUUCUUUGUUAGAUUUUAUCCCCUUCCUGUUAGGCCAAUCCUAGUCCAUUCUUGUGUCUUCUUUCAAGGAGAGGAAAAAUAAAAAUUCUGUCAACCUUUCAAGCUUAUCUUUCUGUUGGUGAUGUUAUUAUCUCUAUAUUUGUGAAACUGGAUUGAACUUAAAAUUUUGAAGUCUUGCUAAUAUUUCUAACCCUUUGUAAAAGCAAAGCCUUUCUCUAAGCAAAUACCGUUCCCUUGAAGUUAAAUGAUCACUCAGAAAAUCAGCCUAACUUCUCUGGAAAAGAAAUACAUGUACCAAGAAGGAAUUUGUAGACUUUAAGGGUUAGUUAACCUUCUUCUCUAUUCCUCUAUUCUAUCCCAAACCACUUUAAAGCUGUAAAACCCAGUCUCUUACUGAAAACUCUUUCAAUUUCUCUUUAUAUUUAUUAAGUAGAUAAAUAUGGGAAAGGCCUCUGUGUUCCUUGCUGCAUACUAUAAACUUUUAACGAUGGGAGAAAGCAUACGCUAUAAGCCUGAAAUCUUAGAUGGGUUAUCUCAAGAAAAUUCUUCUCCUAAACACAUCUCCUUGUAACCUAAUUCAGAUUAUCUGUAAUUUUGAUUACUAUUGGGAGAUAGAUAACAAAUUCACCCUGUAAUUCUCUGAAAAAAUUUGAAGCUAGCAAUCAGUUAUUAUAACAACAUUUUAUGCUCUGAGCAGUGCAAACAGAUCCUACCAGAAAAUCCCCCAUUUCUUUUCACUGAUCUCUAAACCUGUCAAGAAGAAACCAUUCACUGAACGGGCUUCUUUUUUCCUGGCACAAAGUUGUGAUUUCACCUUGUUUGAUUUAUCCAGCCUUACCUGGAGUCACUAGACCAGUCCAUCAGACAAAUUCCCUAAUUCAUCACCUGAGCACCAGCCUGAAUAAUUCAUACUCAAGCAUCAGCCACAACUGUAGAGUGGACCCUGUAGGAAGCUAUAGGCUGGGAGCCCUUAAUACCAUCAGCAUGUGAAUUACUGACAAUGGUAGGGGAAGCACAGUCCUAUCUAUCUGCCAGUCUGUCUCUCUGUCCAUUUGCCUUUUUGCCAUCACCCCUUCAUGAAUUGAAUGCCUCAAAAUGAGCUCAGACUAUAGCAUGACUGCCAAAAAUGUACACCCCCAGAACUUUUGGGGGAGAGAUUCGAAAGACAUCCCAGAUCUCCAUCUCUUUCUUAAACUACUUAAGAUCUUUUGUAUGAUAGUGGUUUCCCUUUGAAUGUUGGUGUGACCUCAUGAGACGAAAUGAUUGGCACUCGUUUCUGUCCAGGACAUGAUAAAUAACCCUGUAAGUGAGUGAAACUAGACCCCAGAGUCGCCAUUUAAGGAUCGGUCAGAGCAGGAGUGUGUCAAACCUGGAGUAUAAGGUUAACUUUUUUUUCUCGCUUCUUUUAGGGGGUUUUCAAAGGCCUAUUGGAGGGAUGCACAACCCCCUAUAAGACACACUUGCACACAUUGUGUGACCUUAACAUAUGCCUUUCAGCCAAGAGUAUUCUAUUGGCUGGCAAGGGAAGCAGACAAUGGAAACUUCGAAGUGGAAGAUUUCUCUGCACAGUUUAGAUUGAAUAAAAGUAAAACAGAUGUUCCAUCACACUGACAGCCCAAUCAGGUGAUGAGGGACUUUGAGCAGUUUCUCCCAUGACUGAGUUAAUGCAUUCUGCAUCAGGCCUGGAAAUGGGCUCUGCUGGGUUUAAAAGUGCCUGUGUGUCCAAACUGACGGAGCACCUUCAUUUGCAAUAAUAGCUUCUGUCCAAAAUGAGCAUUUGAGAAAGGGUCUGUCCUGAAGCAAACAGAUUACCUGUUUACAGGUUUGCAUUCUGAAAGGUUAUUUGGGAGGGUCUAUUCACAAUGAAAACUCUGUAGCUUCUUCUGUCAUCUUCUGGUGAUUGCUACCAGCUCUACCUUCCAUUGACAUGCUUCAUUUUUCACUUACAGGGUGUUUGAAAUCAAAUGCAGCAAUAUUGAAUCAUUCUCCAGUGUUCAGUGUUCAGAAUGAAAAUUACUUGGAAACAAAGAACUUUGGAUCCAGGCUGAUUUUCAAUGUAUUUUAUUAUAGACAUGCUGUCGUUAAAACUGUUAUUGAUUUGAGUCUGCUUUCCCUGUACAUGCAUACCUGGUGAGAGGCAAAAGGUGGGAACCAGAUGUCUUAAAACUCUUUUCCAACAGUACUUGAGAUCAUUAAAACUAGAUUUAUAUCAAGUUCUUCCCUUAUAUGCCAUUUUCUGAUUUCUGUCAUUGUACUAAACUGAUACAAGGAAAUUUGACAAACAUCUGUCAGAGUAACCAGGCCUAUAUUCCAUGUUUGACCUUCCCAGCUCAUCAUAGAAAACAAUUUCCAAACCAAACCCAACACUGAGAAAGUCCUUACUAUGCCAAGAGAUCUCUCUCUUCAUUACUAAUGUGGGAACUGUCCAGUUUUCUAUUAUUGCAAAUAUGGGAGUAAGCAAUGUACAAAUGGAGUCCCUUUUUCUUCUCUGGAACAUCGUGAAAUCUCUGCACCCAUGAACACCUUAUUCUGGGUUUAGAAAAGCCUGACACAAGUUUCCUUCAGCAGAAUUAGAUGUCUAGCUGGAUUCAUUCUUUCAGGCUCAUUGCUACAAUAUUUGUCCGUUGAUUGUCAGCUCUGUUACCUUUAUUAAAAGUAGCCUAUAGGCUUUUUGGCAACAAUGGGCAUUGGAACUGUUGUUUAUCUCAGCCCUGAUUUUAUUUUGCUUAUCAAAAAUCAGGAUAGGGCAAGUGUUUCCUGUUGUAGGGGCCAAGUAUGGCUUCUGCUUAAAAAGCAUGAAGGGAGUUUUUAGAAAUGGAAACAUCCGAAAGAGAAUAGAGUUCCAGCUUCUCACUGCCAAUAAAGGGGGGAAAGCUUUCAGGUUUUGGGGUUUGUUUUUUUGUUUUCAAAAGAUAACUUUAAGGGGAAAAGGGAGAUGCUUCCAACCCCUAAGAGAAAUGUGCAUUACAAACUAAGAAUGUUUGGCGUGACUAGAUUUUAUAGGGCCUUGUUUGCUAUCUUGUCACCCAACAAGAACAGUCCCAGCCAUUUUUGAAGAGUAAAACAAAAAUAUCUUAUUGAAAUUCAUUUUUGUAUGUAAUGUAUAUGCUGAGUCUGAGAUCUGCCAAAUUAACAAAUAUUUGCUCACCACCUAACGGUUUGUUUAUUUAGCAUUCACACAUUGAAAGAGGUUUGUCCUGUGUUUUUGCUUUCAAAAAAAGUAGGUUUACUUCAUAAGAGCAAAUGUGACCUAAUUUAUUCCUUUGGCUAUCACUGUACUUGACUCCCUAAUGAUGAUAGCAGCCAUCACUUAAAUAAAACAUUUCAUUAAAAAUAGAAAUGUCAGCACAGAGAUAACCCACUAAUUUAUUGGUCUUGGGUAGAUAUUAUUCAGUUGAUCAUCUCCUGAUUGUAUCUUUUCGUUGCUUACUCUUCUGGGAACUGAGCUUAAUGAUUUUUAAAAGAUGUCCAAGUUAGUUUACCAUGAGAAACAAGCUAGUUCUUAUUUUCUAAAUAUUUGCUAAUAGUACCUGUGGUAAAAUUAUGAAUUCGCAGUUUCCCCUUAGUGUUUGUACAGAAUGAAACCAAGCUAUGGAUCCCCCAUAGAUGGAAACUGCCAUGCAAUCCUGGAUAUAGGAAUGUUGGUUUCUUGUUCUCAUCACAUUGGCAGCUCCAAUUUUCCUAGAUCCAGCUGUUUCAUCUGACUAGCUUGAGUUUCUCAGUUGAAGAGAUGAAUAGUCUCUUCCUGGUAAAGAUACCAGAGAGUUUGUAGGAGAUGUUAUUUCAUCAGGGUCAUUUCUUUAAGAUUAUAUCCAUACCUGUUUAAUAAUUUGCAUUAAAGAUGGGGGUGGAGGGAGAGGGAAGAUACCAUUCUCCUUUGAUAUUUAUGUGGAAUCAUAAUUCACAAAGGAAACAAAUGACAAAUAAUAUGUAUUUCAUGCUUUCCAACAAGUCUUUAUAAUGCUGUACCUGUUCUUUGUUUGAAAUAAAGAAUUUUUAACUUUCA